UGAGAGGGCUCUGGCGUGACAUCAUAUCCUGGAUAAUCCAUUCUGCUAUGACGUGACAUAUUAUUUGAAUAAAUCACUAUCCAGUUGCGCACGUGGCAUACCUGUACAUGUGUCUGGAUAAUGAACUUUGCCGUGACGUGACAUAUUUGGAUAAAUCUCUGUCCAGUAGCGUACCUGGCAUACCUGUAUAUGUAUUUAUCUGGAUAAUGAACAUUGUCGUGACUUGACAGGACAUAUUUGGAUAAAUCACUAUCUAGCGGCGUACGUGGCACACCUGUACAUGUAUCUGGAUAAUGUACAACGCCGUGACGUGAGGUUUGUGUACUCGGUAUUCGGAGUGAGUACCUCUCCACGACGUGACAUCCUCAGAUAAUGUACAGUAUUCAGCUGUGUUGUGAUAUUCUACUUGGAUAAUGUACUUUGCUGUAGUAGCGAAGAGUGAUACUUCGGGGGAUGGCGAUAAAGAGGCCGAGGAAGAGAAAAAGACCAAUUCUAACGAUGAGCCCUGGAAACAAAGUAUCAGCUGCAACCGGAGGACAACGUGUGGGCGUUUCUCUAUGACAUGUGGACACGCACUGGCUCCACCCUCUCCUUCAUUCUCCGCUACAAGGAUACCUUGACCAGCUGGCCGCCCCCCGGACUACAGGCUCGCCGACAGCAGAUGAGGACGCCGCAAGGACGGGAUUCACACACAGCGCCUUCCGCUCAGCAGCUGCCUGGCGGUGACCUGACACUGGCCGAGCUGCAGGAGAUGUCCACCCGGCAGCAGCAACAGAUGGAAGCCCAGCAGCAGGUUCUGGUGGCCAAAGAGCAGCGCCUCAAGUACCUCCGCCAGCACGAGUCCCUGCACGCGCAGCGCGUGGCUCACAAUGAGCAGCUCCGCCGUGCCACGGAGCGCGUGGAGAACCAGGAGAUGAAGCUCCGCAAGCUGAGGGCGCUCCGGGGGCAGGCUGAGCAGUACAGGCACAACAACGGACAGCUCACAAGCGAGUUGGAGGCUGUACGGGCUGUGUUCAAUGAGAAGGAGAAGGAACUAGCUAUGGCCGUGGCCCGCGUGGAUCAGCUGACCAGACAGCUUCAGGAGCUGCGCAACAGCAGCGCUCACGGCGGGGGCAACAACAAGACAGCCGCCGCACUAGAGCUGGAGAAACUCAGGAAUGAGCUGUUGAUCCGGAACAAGCUGAAUGAGCAGCAGACUCAGGCUAUUGCAGCCAAGGAAAAAUUGCUGAGUCAGCGCAGGGAGGAGGUGACCCGCAUGGACGCUCGGAUUCACGAACUGCAGCAGCGCCUCAAAAAGAGGCGGAGCCAGGAGCAGCAGUCAGCCAAUCAGAACACUUCGAAAAAACAGGCAGUUCCGGCAGCACCAGGGUCCCACUCCCACCAUCACGGCGUUGGAGUGGGUGGGCCGAACGUGGCCACUGUAGAGCCGUACAUUCAGUACGCGCCACAGGAUGUCGUCAAAGACGAUUCGUUCACGAAAACUGGCGGCUUCCUCAAACAGGACCCGAAAUACCAGACGUUGCCGUCACACGUCAAGUUUGUCGUUCCUCCGGGCCGGGCCAGUGACAGCCAGCAGAAGCAGGUGGAAAUGAACAACAACAAUCAGCUGAUAGAGGAGUACCCGCUACCUACCGUUCUACCCGCCAACACCCACAACAAGAUGUCACAAAACCACCCAGCGGUGGUCGGCGGGAACAAUAAUAACAAUGAAAGUGGGAAGGCGAAUUUUAAUUACUCCAAAUCUAUGAGUGGUGAUGCCUCUAUUAGCAGUACAGGCGGGAACAAGCAGCCUAACGGGCAAAAACCAGCACCGCCUGUGGCAGUCAAACCUUUGGGGCCUGCCUCAAAACAACAGCACCAGCAGCAACUACAGCAGCAACAGCAGCUGCUACAGCAACAGCUCCUACUACAACAGCAGCAGCAACAGCAGCAGAAUCGAACUGUGAAACCUUCGGAUAAGCAAAGUAUUAUGGGAGUUCCCUCGUCUGCUAACGAACAUUCGUCUCACGCGAGACUCACAGACUCUCGUAGGGGUGGAGGGGGAAAUAACAACUCCCCUAGGGUGCCUGACUUAUCGCCAACACAGCCUGGCCAGUCGUCGUCCUAUCCUGUGAUCAGCAUCAAUGAGGAGGAGAGACAGGCGGGCAGUGGCCAGAGUUCUCCGGCCUCCAGCGAGGGUUCCGACUCUAGUGGGGGGAUACAGGUCCUUGACAAGGAUCAUGAGGUAAACACGUCAUCAAUCGGACCUGUGUCGGCCAUGAUAGAAAAGCUGAACCAGAAAACAGGACCUUCGGGUCGACCGUCACACCCCUCCUCAUCCGCAGCCCAUCCACCGCAGCCCGCACAACAAGCACACAGACAGGUGAAUGUCGCAGGGCCCAACAAUCACCACACGGCCAACAACAGCAAUUCCAACGUCCCUCCCUCGUCCCCCAGCCAAACAGACUUGUCAUCAUCGUCAAAACCUGUCAAUCACGACUCGAAUAGCUCCUCCCGCUCACCCACCGUAGCCCCGCCCACAUCACAAGGAGGAGGCUCCACCCCUCCCCAACAACACGCCCCUCACCUGAACCAGAAACCGGCUCCCACCUAUCGCUAUGCGUCCAAGAACCAGAUCGCCAACACCUACAUGGGCCGGCUGGGCAGUGCGGCCAUGGAGAAGUAUCAGCGUAAUCUGAACCUGCUGUACCGCAACCAGGACGCGCUGUCUGGCCGAGAUGCGCAGGCGGGAGAUCGUGUCGAUGGACACACACCUCCUGGUAUGCCUGCCGCUGCUGACGUUGGACCGGGGGGUGAAGGUCACCCUCAGUUUGGCGCUGUGGCGUCUCCCAACUAUCCAGAUAUCGCCUCGGACAAAGGGAGUUACAAGCUGAACACACCGAAGCACAUCCGGCGGCGACAUUCGGACAGCGAGAAUGAGGACCUGAACAAAGCCCUUCAGGAGCGGCAAGAGCUCGAACAGCAGAGACAGCAGCAGACAGGCGAACAGCAGCAGGACAGCAAGACUGUUGUCCCCAACGCCAAAACAGACACUGUGCAGUCAUCGUCAUCAUUAUCGUCAAACAAAGCAGAGUCACAAACACAUCCUGAUGGCAACAGCAAACCUGAGCACAACUCCACAAAAGACAAUAAGGCAGAGCCGAAAGUCCCCACAGCGCAGCAAGUUGAGAAGAAAGAGAGCCAACCUGUUCCUUCUAAUAAAGCUACCGAGGUAGUCAAGAGGAGGACCAAAAGUAAUUUGAAGAAAGACGGAGUUCGGCGUUCAACCAAUCGGGUCAGCUUUGAUCCUCUGGCCCUGUUGCUGGACGCCUCGUUGGAAGGGGAGCUGGAGCUUGUCAGAAAAGUGGCAGUGCAGGUGGAUGAUGUGAGCACCGCCAAUGAUGAAGGCAUUACGGCAUUACACAACGCCAUCUGUGCGGGCCACUACGAGAUCGUCAAGUUCCUAGUGGAGUUUGGCUGCGAUGUGAACUCGCCAGAUAGCGAUGGCUGGACCCCGCUACACUGUGCCGCCUCGUGCAACAACCUCCCUAUGGUGCGUUUCCUGGUGGAGCACGGCGCCUGUGUGUUCGCCACCACCAUCUCCGACCAGGAGACUGCGGCCGACAAGUGCGAGGAGGAGGAGGAUGGCUACGACAGCUGCUCAGAUUACCUCUACAGUAUCCAAGAAAAGCUGGGCAUCACCAACAGUGGCGAGGUCUACGCUGUCUUUGACUACCAGGCCACCAACGUCGACGAGCUGAGCUUUGUCAUAGGGGCCAGUUUGACGGUGCUGCGGAAGGGAGAUGAGAAAGAGAAGGAGUGGUGGUGGGCCAGGCUCUAUGGAAAGGAGGGCUACAUUCCUCGCAACCUCUUAGGGCUGUAUCCUCGAGUGAUAGGCCAAGCAAAAGUGUCGGAGUGCUGACAGCCGUGGUGUGGUGAGGUGAAAGUGGAGUGAGUGAAGUGGAACAGAACUAUGAAGAAAGUCGUGAGGGACGUUUUGAAUCUGAAUGAGUUUGGAGUUUGAACAUAUUUGGACUUUGCACCCACCUAGAGUGAAGGAUUCUGCCUGAACUGCAAGGUUUUUCAACAAAAUAAACCAUGUGAUGUGGAAAGCACAGUGUGGUUGUGAAAGCACUCUGACUGCUCCUGUUCGGCUCUGUUGGAGUAUUUAUUGCUGUGUCUGUGUGCAUCGAGGUUGCCAGUCUGGACACUUCAAGGUUGUGAGAUACUGGGGAUUAAGGCAGGAAACCUGAAACUCUGCAGCUUUUUAUUUUCGACAUCAGCAGAGAUCUUACCUCGCAGCCGUAAAUCUCCUGUUAGUUUUUUAAUCAUGUACAUUUAAUCGAUCGUGUAUUUCUCUGAGCUUUCUUUUCUCUUCAGAGAAAUGCAGGGUUGAGAAAAAAUGUAAUUUUUUAAAAUCUCUCUUCUGGAGAGAAUUAAAGAUACAGGGUGGUGUUGAUAGGUUACAAGAACGAGAAAGAGUGAGAGAUGAAAAAGAAUGUUCUUUUGUAUGAAAGUGAAAGUUGUCAGAGAAGCCUGUCAUCACAAACUCUUAUAAGAAAGUGUUGCUAAGUGAGUUAACCAUUUACCCUCCUUGUCGACCUACUAGGACAGACAAAAUGUGUUGAUGGUUUUCUUUGUUGGCAACUGUUUCAAUGUAGAUAGUCUAUCAUCUCAAUGUAAUAAAAUGAAGUAAUCAUUUGCCCUAACAUUAAGCAUUGACCUCGAACUAAGAAAAAUAAUUUCCUUUCACAGUACCCAUCCAUAUUUUUAAUCUAACUCGCGAUGAAUUCAAAAUUCUGGUAACUGAAUUUGGGAUGUGCAUCCAAUAUUCCAUUCCUCACAAGGACAUCACAAUCUCAAAUCCUUCUCUGUUUAGCUUAUUAGAUUCUAAACUAAAUGUAUGAAAACAAAAAAUGGGAGUAUCAACCAACAUAAACCUCCCACGAUAGCACCGUUUUCCUAAUUCUGAAUUUGUUUUCAAAUGAAUGAAAACAACAGAAGAAAACUGUAGGAAAAGAGAAACUUGACAACGAAGGGAUGAAACCAAGGCCUCCAUGUGCUUUCUUUCGACAUCAACAUGGAGACAGCAGGUUACUUACUGGCGCAGUGCGCUGGUGGAAGAGAUACAGUCAAAUUAAUUAAUUUAAUAGCUCAUCAUAUUCCCUGUCGCUCAAAACUAUCUGGAGUAGGACUUUCCUCCCCUCUUUCUUUUUGUACUUUGUUACAAUUUGUAGAAGAAAUAUUGAUGAAAUUGAAAUGUUUUUAACUUGGAAACCCAGUCGAUGUGGGCUGAUGUUGUGUCUCUGUGACUGUGAUUCUACUUAACUGCGACUGCUGCCGCUCUACAGAACUAGGAUUAAUCUAUAAUUUAUGAUGGUGUGUGUGUUUCCACCACCUGUUCCUUCUGUCCAUUGCAAUUUACUGUUCACUCGUCCUCACACACGCAAGUUUUGGACCUGUGUUUUACCUUGCUUCAGACUUACUUUCCCUCCAAAUGGAUGCGCUAUAUUUAUAAAUAAUAAUUAGCCCGGGCUCUACAAGGGCUCUGUGUCAGAUGCAUAGUUUAUAUUCGAUCUAGUGUCUGUGUAGUCUUUACAAAAACUCCUGAUGUUAAUUGUACAGUUUCCUGUUCUUUACCUAUGCAAAUGAGGGCAGUGCACUCUAAUAGGGCUAUGCACAUAAUUAUUCACAACUCUGACAUCAGUUUUACAUUUUAUAUAAUGUUGCAUGAAUAAAUUAUCUUUUAAAAUCUUA